AUGGCUACUUCGAAAAGGCCGCCAGACGAUGAUUCGAAAUUACCAACCUAUAAAUUAGUAGUUAUUGGUGAAGGUGGUGUAGGCAAAUCUUCUUUAACGAUACAAUUUUUCCAAAAACAUUUCGUUGAUUAUUAUGAUCCAACAAUAGAAGAUCAAUAUAUUAUCCAUGCCGAAGUUGACGGUCAGUGGGUUAUCAUGGAUGUAUUGGAUACUGCUGGACAGGAGGAGUUUUCCGCUAUGCGUGAACAGUAUAUGCGUAAUGGCCGAGGGUUUCUACUGGUAUAUUCAGUAACUGAUGUUCGUAGUUUUGAAGAAGCACCGAAACUUUUUGAUCAGGUAUUACGAGUUAAGGAUAAAACAGAAUAUCCGGUAUUGUUGGUGGCAAAUAAGAUUGAUUUGGUAAGUCAGCGAAAAGUAACGGAACAACAAGGACGGGAACUAGCCGAUCGGCUCAAAGUUCCAUAUAUUGAAACAUCAGCGAAAGAUCCACCAGUGAAUGUGGAUGCAGCAUUUCAUGAAUUGGUUCGUAUUGUCAAAAGUUUUCCAAAUGAUGAAGAUAAUGAUAUAUUUUUUGCCACAUAUUAUGUUUCUUUACUGAUUCAGUAUUUGAUGUCAAAUCUAAUCACUGAAAGAUUAUGA